UUUUAAAACAAUCUUUAUGACUCAUCGUUUACGCUCUUUUAAGAUUCUCUCUCUCUCUCUCUCUCUCUCUUCAGUCAUCUUCACAUUGUGGUAACCCAGAAAAAGAGAAGAAAGAAAGAAAUCGGCUGUUUUCCCCUUUUUGGUCCGAAUUGGUCUUUGCUUUUAUACCCAAAUCAAAUCGAUUGAUUGCAUUUUGAGGAUUAGUAAAAAAGUUAACAGGAUUCUUCUCCUUUGAUGAUGAUGAUCUAAGAAGGGCUCUGUUGUUUCCACCAUGAAGUCAGUGAAGUGAAAUUAACUCCUUUAAGGAUUAGGGUUCUAUAGGGUUUCCGAUUUUGCGGUGAAAAAUGUUGUCUUUUUUCGUCUGGGCCAUUCGAAUUCUAAAACUUCUUUUAGCUUUGGGUUUGAGCUUUCGAAUUAACUCUCUUCAACACUUUGCCGUUUUGUUUGUUAUACAGUUAGUGGACUCCAUAGAUGAGUUCAAGAGGAAUCGAAAGAUGGAGGAAGAUUUAGAGAAAGCAAUUGCUAGUUCGAGACAUCAUGGGAAGGCCAAGGUUUCUUUUCAUGUGGCAACGAUAAACAAGCCUCAAGAGGAGUAUAAGAUUUUGGUGGACAAUGCUAAUAAACCUUUCGACCAUGUUUUCUUGGAGAGGAGUGAGGACGGUCUUCGCUUCAUUCAUCCUUUGGAGAAACUUUCGGUGAUGGACUUUGUGGAUAAUAAUAAUCUUAUAGAGAAGAAACCUGUUAAGCCUCUCCCAUUGGAAGAGACUCCUUUUAAGAUUGUUGAAGAAGUCAAAGAUCUCAAGGAAUUAGCUGCCACAUUGCAAAGUGUUGAAGAGUUUGCUGUUGAUCUGGAGCAUAAUCAGUAUAGAUCUUUUCAAGGAUUAACAUGUUUGAUGCAAAUCUCCACCAGAACCGAGGAUUAUAUUGUUGAUACAUUCAAGCUUUGGGAUCACAUUGGUCCUUAUCUAAGGGAACUCUUCAAAGACCCUAAAAAGAAAAAGGUAAUGCAUGGAGCAGAUCGUGAUAUUAUUUGGCUUCAACGGGACUUCGGCAUUUAUGUCUGCAAUCUUUUUGACACAGGACAGGCCUCAAGGGUGCUAAAGCUGGAGAGAAAGAGUCUCGAAUUUCUUCUGAAGCAUUAUUGUGGAGUUGCUGCAAACAAAGAAUACCAAAAUGCAGACUGGAGAAUACGACCCCUUCCGGAUGUAAUGACAAGAUAUGCUAGAGAAGAUACCCAUUAUCUUUUGUACAUUUAUGAUGUAAUGCAAAUAGAUUUGCACAUAAUGGCAAAGGAAAACGAGCAAUCUGACUCUCCUCUAAUAGAGGUUUACAAACGCAGUUACGAUGUGUGCAUGCAACUAUAUGAGAAAGAGCUUUUGACUGGGGAUUCAUAUCUUCACGUUCAUGGGGUUCAGACAGGUAAUCUCAAUGCAGUUCAACUUGCCAUUAUUGCGGGGCUUUGUGAAUGGCGAGAUCAGAUUGCACGUGCAGAUGAUGAGAGCACCGGUUAUGUAUUGCCAAACAAAACACUUAUUGAUAUAGCCAAGGAUAUGCCAAUUAAUGUUGGCCAGUUGCGCCGGUUGUUGAAGUCAAAGCAUCCUUACAUCGAGCGUAAUUUUGACGCUGUGAUCAGUGUCAUCAGACGAGCAAUGCAAAAUGCAGCGGCAUUCGAGCCAGUUGUUCAAUCUUUAAAAGAUUGGCGUCCUGGAACAUUUGAGAAAACUAUCAAACCUAUGAUUGAGAAACCGGGCACAGAAUUCACAGCUUAUUUGAAGAAACAAAGCAGUGAUGUUGGAGUUUUGCCGUCAAAGAGGAAGUUUGACAGUGAUUACAAAUUGCAGGCAAAGGAAGUUGUCAAAGUGUCCAAGUCGAAGCCAGAUAAUGUCAUAGUGCUGGAUGAUGAUGAUGAUACUGAUGAACAGGGCUGGGAAAGAGGGGAUGCUUCGAAUAGGGCUUUGGAAAUGCCUUCUAAGGGAUCACUAUCGAUGACUCAAGUGCCAAAGACAAGUAGUACAGAAAUUGUAGUUAUAGAAGAUGAUGAUGAGUCAGAGAAUGACUCAAAAAGUAGAGAAGAUGAAGAUAUGAUUAGGAGAAGUGAGAAGCAUAGGAGAUUCAUGAGUCUAAAACGGGGCUUUCUUAACAUUUAGCCCUUUAGCUUUUGUGGUACAGUGUGCAAUGUUUUGGUCGCUGUUUUGUGUAUUAGUCCAACCGUAGACAAUCUAUCUUGACUUGUAUGUACAACAAGUAGACAUGUAUUUCUACAUGUUAACUGAAUUUUGAAUUAACCCAAAAACGAAACAUAGUACUU